GGGAGCUUUUGAAAUCAGGCGCAAUAUUCGGCACCCACCUUUCUCUUCUUUCUCUUCAAGUUGGUGCCGUUAGCCAGAGAAAUUCAAUAGGGUAACAGCAUUGACUUUGAAAAAACCCAAGCAGUCAGGUGAUGGAAUGGUGCAAUCUCGCUCCCCGUCGCAAAGGGUGAUCGCGGAGUCGGUCGAGGUUUUGUGAGGAGCCAGACCAGAGGAGUUCGGUGGUAGGAGGUGGUCCGUGAAAUGGAUGGAUCGCUCCUCAGUCCGUUUCCCCAAGAACGUGGUUCUCCAGGUGCCAAGUGCUGGCCCAGGCCAACGCUGUCCGUUUGCGACCCAGCGCCAGUGGAGCUGCCCGGUCCAGAUUCUCCAAUUGAAGGCUCGGCAUUCUUCACUGAACCCGGCUAAACUGCGGGCUCUUUGACAUGCUAAGAGCUAAGCAAGCCAACGCCAAGACCGCAGCAUCAUCGUGUGUGUGUGAGAGGCAGGCUGGUUGUUGGCAGCAGCGAAGUCCCCAUCUUUGAAUCUCUGAAUAUCUUCAAGUGGUAAAACCCCACCACAGAACCCCCCAACCGCCAAAAUGGCCUCCAAAGCGGUAGCAAAGGCUGCGGCCGGCACUGUCCAAAAAAUCAGCACCAAAUACACCGUCCAGUCCACCGGCCUCUGGGAGAAGCUCCGCGCCUCCCUCUCCCUCGACGCCAACCGCUCCAACGGCGUCCCCCUCAACCCCUACAACCGCUUCCCCGCCCCCGGCCAGAACGACCCCCUCAAGUACGACGACCCCGUCACCCUCCCGGCCGGUGACCUCGCCGACAACCCGUACUGGAAGCGCGACGCCCGCCGCAACUACCCCCGUCUCUCUGUCGUCUCCCAGGCCGAGCAGGUUGCUCUCCUGACCGUCGGCUCCGCUGCCGCCCCCCGUGUCGAGCUCAUUGGCGAGGAGGGAUCCAAGGCUCUGGUUGCCGCCCAGGAGCAGGGCAAGCAGGCUGGCCUGGCCAACUAUAUCGAGUCUGCCGGUGUCGAGGCUGCGAAGAGGGUGCUGGAGGCCACUGGUGGCCUGCCACCUCUGCCGAGCGGGACGACGAUGAGCAAUGCCGAGGGGAAGUGGGAUGUGCACAAGUACAAGCUGGAGGAGGAGCAGAGCUAUGGGGAGGACUACCCCUGCAGAACCUUUGCCUAAGGUUGGUCGUUUAGAGAAAGGAGAAAGAAAGAGGUCACCGAGAAGCUGUACAUAAGACCUGCAAAAUAGAGGCGGUAUAGACAAACGGGGCAUGCUGGCUUUGAGACGCGUUUUUCAUUUGUUGC